GUUCGCUAAACACUUUCAGACAGACGCGUCACGUGCCAGAUCAUACCAAUUGAAGGCGAUUCGACUGGACGAAAACCUGCCUUUUUCAGCCAGAGUUUUUGGCUGACAAUGUGAUUGUGAUGCUUAAGACGUUUACUCCUUCACCACAGGCAGUUUUCCGAAUCCACAGGAUACUAAGGCCUUUGUCUUGCAGUUCAAAGACAUGCUUUGGUCUUGCUAUCUUGAAUGCUUCCUGUCAAAAGUCGUGCUUUUCAAACCAGCCGAAACAUACAGCUUUGUGUUUGAGCAAGGUUGGUAGCAGAAAAAAAAGUACUUAUGAUCUCGCUUCCUCGACGCCAGCAGCUAGAAAUCUUUUUCCUGAACAAAUGAAGGUUCUUUUUAUCAAAAGACUUGAAAAAACCUUGAUUGGAUUGGAUACCCUAAUAGCUCGGAAAUCUCUAGACACUUCUGUGCCUCUGAAAAAAACUCUAGAAACGUUUAAUGGUGCUGUUUUGAAUAAUUAUCCAUUGGGACCCUUGCUUUUUUUGCUUCAAACCUCUUAUUUUUCAAAAAAUCCACACAGUGGUUUAAUGAUACAAGAGCUAUAUAACGAUUUACUACUAAAUGAUUUGGAAAAGAACUUUGCUAAUAAAGAGUUUUUAAAAAAGACUCAUUUCGAUUUAUUGUCGAUAUAUUUGUCAAUUGGAUUCAAUGAUUCUGCUUGUUUGUUUUUCUACAUCUCAUCUAAAUUACUUUUGAAAAGAAAUUUUAAAAGAAUUGAAUAUUUUCUUGUAAAUUUUGUUAAAUUCAAUUCUACUGCUGAUUUACCCAGUCUUCAAAGUUUAAUUCAUGCUCUUCUUACCCACACAAAUCUUCAAAUUCCCAAAUAUGAUCCUAAUGACAAAAGUUCUGAAAAAAAAAAUGUUUUAAAUCUAAUCAAUUUUAUCUUUUCAUUAGAUGAUUCAAAUCUCAAAAUGAAAAUACUCGUCAAUUUUUUAAUAAAUCUAUCAAUCAUUGAACAUAAAAUGGAAAUAGGGUCUGGCUUAGCCUUUCUUUUUUUAGAUUCGAUUGGAAAAGAGUUUAUAUUAAAUCUCACCAUCAAAAAGCUAAUUGAUUCUUUGUUAAUUUAUAAUCCGAUUUAUCAGGAAAUUCAAAUUGAUCUAAUUUUAAAAUUACUUGAAGCCUUUGAUAUUGAAUAUUCAAAUCUGAUACAAUUACUAUUGUUUGAAAAGGUUUUCAAUUCAGAGUUUAAUAGUAGUUCCACUUCUCCAUCUGAAAAAAUACACUUUCAAAAUUCACCAAUAAUGAUACCUUUCAUGUCCAAUAACUUAUUUUUGUUCUCCUUUGCAAAAUCUAAAAAAAAUUUAUCCUCGGACCCUAAUAAUCUAAAAUUCAUAAAUAUGAAAAAUAUUUUACUAUCUUAUUCAAAUAAAUUAAUUCAAACAAAUAUUGGACUUAAUAAUAUUUCCGCUGUUAUCUCUAUUUUCAAAAUGAUUCAAGAUGAUUUUUUCUUAAAAAAAUAUCACGAAGAAUCCGAUAUUAAUUUACUCCAAUCAGUGGUUAGAUAUUUGGAUAAAAAUAAAUAUCAUUCAUUCUCUAAAAUAAUUGUUAAAUCUAUCCCACUCAGACUAUAUCAAAACACCAAAGUAGUCCUUCUUGUUUUAAACCAUGCUGCGUCUCUUGCUGAUGUUGAAUUGUUUAAAAAAAUGAUGGAUUUUUUAUCUAAAUCUGGAAUUUCACCUGAAUCGCAUCGUUUGGUUUUAUUCUAUAUUAUUCAAUUGUAUAUUAAAACAAAUAAUCAACUUGGUGUUACAAAGGCAUUUAAAACUAUAAUAAAUCAAUUUACUAAUUUAAAUAGAAAUGAAUUUAAUUUGCUAGUUGAGUUUUUAUUAAAGAGUGGAGAAGUUAAUAAAGCUAUUGAGUUAUGUAAUAAAUAUAAACCAUCUAUGACACUGUCGGGGUUCAAUCGGAUACUACAUUAUCUAAUUAAAAACAAAAAAGUUAUUCAGUUUGAAAGCUUUAUCCACAAGCAGUUUCAAAAAAUUAUCGACGACACAUUUUACAAAGAUGGAAAAUCCGUAAUAGAAUUUUUAGAUUAUAUUUCAAUUACCUAUCUUGGAUUUUUAAUCAAAAAUUACAAGCUAAAAUACAUAAAACAAAUUUUUAUUAACUCUGAAAGACUAAAACAGAAAGUGGUAGUAGAUGACACAUUAAUACCCGAAUACUAUCUGUAUAGUUCUCCGGUUUUUUCUAAAGCGAAAGAAACAUCUCAUUCAGAAGAAAACGAUAAUAUUUUCUUUGAUAGUUUCUAUCCAAAAGCAUACAUAAAUUCAUUUGAAACCGGGUCUGAUAACUUUAUGAAACUAAAAUUUAAUCCUAGUGAGGAUGAAUUAUCAAAAAUUUCAAUAUAUUUAACAGAUAAAUCAAGAAUUAUAGCAUUAAGAUCGAUUGCUACUAACGCAAUUGAAAACGAUGAUGUUUCAACGUUGGAAUGGGUUUUGCAUGAACGACUUAGAUUUGAUGGGUCCACAAAGGAAAAAGUGUUUGGUAGUUACGAAAGAAGAUUAUCGGUACUUAAAAGAAAUAAAAAAAGAGCAUUAAAAGAAAUAAAAAGCUGAUAAUACAUGUUAGGAUUCUAAAUAAUUGGCAUUACUGUAUUAUAUAUAUAUAGAUUUUCUAAAAUAACUUGAAAAUAAAGGGUAUGUAUAACAUCAUUUUUUUCUUUUAAAAAACCAACCAGUAUUAUUUUAUCAAAUCGAUUAAAUAUGAGAAAAACAGCCUGUAUAUAAUUUCUUAAAUUUA